UUGACAGAGAGCAGUCAGGAGGAGGAGGGGCCUAACCGAGGGGCGUGGCCAUGAAGCGGAAGCGGAGCCAAUCCGACCUCGCCGCCGAGGUUGAGGCGGAGCCUCCAGAGGCGGAAAAGGAAACAGAAGCGAAGAGGCAAGAGGGGGCGGGGACUGAAGAGGGGGCGGGGUCAGGAGCCAGGCCAGAGGCGGAGCGAGAGGAGGAAGCGGAGGAAGUGUCGGCGGUGGGCGACUCGGAGGAGUGCGAGGAGUGUGCUUGGCGCGGCGGGCCUCGAGGGCCAGGCUCCGGAGGGAAAGGCCGCAGCCGGCGGAGCCGCGAGCAGCGCACCAACCGGAGGGUCCCCGCCGGCCACGAGCGCAAGAUCGCCGACAAGAUCCGCGCCUCACGCGCCAAGAGGCGCCGCCGACAGCGCCCCGGAGCCGGGCCCCGCUCCUCCGCCCAGGCAAGCGAAACCCCCAACUUCUGAGUUACUUGACUGCCUGUUUCCUCGACUGCCACUUGAAGAAGCUUCGUCUCGUCGCUGCUGCGUUCCAAAAUCUCCGUUUCAUUCUUUGCGCCUUUGCUUCUCCGGCCGUUCAAUAACACAAGAUCCUCCGCCA